GGCGGGGAGGCCGUCCCGUAGCAACCGGCCCGUCUCCACGUCAACAGCCGGGCGGUGGCCGCCGCCAUGGCACGACCGGAGGCAGGUUUUUAAGAAGAAAGCAAAGAGGAGCUAUCAGUUGAGAGAUCCACCAUGGCAACUGGCAACCCAUUUAAGACACUUGCCUGGAGUGACUCUGCCUUUGAUUCAAAGUACAGACAAGACCAUGAGAAUUUAAGUUUCCAUGAGGACCACAAAAAGAAAUCAGAAGAGAAGGAAAGGAGUCUGACAGUCAGUCAGUGGGACAUGGAUGUACAGCCCCUCAUUUCGUCUUCUGAAUGGCUUCAGCUUCAUGGGCUCAAGAGAAACAAAUUGACUUUGUCCCAGAUUUUGUCACAAAUUGGAUUCCAGCACAGGAAAGAUUAUGUGACCACUUUGGGGAAACUUGUGGCUUCUCGGUAUGCAGAUGGUUUAUUUCCUCAAUACAAGAAAGCACACGAUGGCAGCGUGUAUAAUCUGACAGCCAAAAAAGAACUGAUUCUUCGUUUUGUGGAAUGUCUAAUGGGAGCUAUUGAGCUGUAUCAGCAGCGAAUGGAAUGGUUAACCAGUGAAAGCCGGCUGAUAUUUGGAGUGAUUCAAGAACAGCACAUUGUCAUCGUUUUGGAUUUUGGCACUGCAGCUCCAACCGAAUUUGAUCUAUGCUGUGAUGCACUUUCUAUGGUUCUUGUGGAACAAGUGACACAGAUUGCCAAAUUUAACCUCAUUCGGGCUGCUGAGGAUCUUAUGAAGUGGCAAGAGAAAUCUGCUCCUGUGUCUGAAUAUACUGUAAAAUCUGCUGUUAAGUGGCUCUGGAAGCUGGACCACACAACAGCUGCCAACAGUACCACCUCUGCUGGAGCCCUGGUGGAAGCCAUGAGUGAUGAGACGAUUGAAGCUGUUUAUUACUUUGUGGUGGGGGACAUUCCAGCAGUCACAAGGCAGCUACUCCUCCAAAAGGUUUCUGAUGGCCCCUGUCCAGUCAACACUGUAUCUUUUAAUGCCAGGGAAGAUGAAACUGUUAUUUUUCUGAAGGAGCUGAGCCACUUGGCCUCUGGAAGAUUCCAUGCUUUUGUUGAGAAGAAUUACUAUAGAGAUGCUACUGGACCUGCGCUAAAAUGUGAAGAAGAUGCCCAGAAUUCCAGAAAAGUGAAAGGGAGAAUGCCACUAGUUGCUGGUGUUCGUGAAGAUGUCUUUUUGAUCUGGAAAGAGUUGGAGGAAGCUAGGAGUACGCUGAGACAAGUUCAGAAAAUUUUAUCUGAAUUUCAUCAGCCUGAUUCUGCAGGAACCGAAGCUGAUCACCCAUUAGAAGAGCAUAAAUUUGACACAUUUUUGACUUCUGAGGAGUGGUUGCAGAAGUACGGCUUGAAAGCUCAGAAGCUCACAGUGUAUGAUGCACUUGCUGAUUGUACAUUUCGCCAUGCAGAUGGAAUUGUUGGCAUCAAAACUAAACCAGAGGAUGAAUCUUCACAAACUGAUGCUGAGACAAAGAGGAAGGUAAUUCAUGCUAAAUACUGUGACAAGUUUGUACAUACCUUCUGGAAAGAUGGAUCUGUAGUUCACGUAUAUGUUACUACAGAAAAGUAUAAGCAGUAUGAAGAGAAAAUGAGGACUGCCCUCAGACAAGUGGAAGGAAGGAUUAAGUGGCUUCAACAAGGAAGCAGAGGUCUCUUCGGGAAUGUGUUUGAAGAUGAUGUCUAUAUUCUUAUUGAUACAUCCCAGUCUAUGAAGGACAAGCUGCCACUAGUGAAGGAGAAAAUAUUUCAGCUCAUACAGGAACAAUUGAGACACAAAAAGAGAUUUAAUUUUGUGAAAUUUAGUUCCCAAGCAGUAGCGUGGCAAGAGAAACUUGCUGAAGUUAAUGAGGAGAAUUUGCAAGAUGCUUGGCUUUGGAUAAAAGGGCUUGAGGUUGGAAGUUCCACAAAUACACUCAGAGCUCUCCAGGUUGCUUUUGCUGAUACUGACACUCAAGCUAUUUAUCUCUUGACUGAUGGGAGACCUGACCAGCCCUCUCAAACAAUUUUGGCUCAAGUCAAGGAUCACCCUAAAAUUCCCAUUCAUACUGUAUCCUUCAACUGUGAUGAUACAGAAGCUAAUAAAUUUUUGUAUGAACUCUCUACUAGAACAGGUGGACGGUUUCAUUAUUACAAUGUUUAUUCAACUGAUCUAGGUGCUGCAACGUCUAGUGAUUGUGAAGAUAUACGCCUGUUAAAACAAGAGAUUCAACAGGGAGAAAAAGACCUAGAGAAAAUAAAGACUUUUCAUGCUGAAUGUCUGAUGAUGGACCUUUGUAAAGAAGAAAAUAAGACAGAGAAUAAUAAUCGGAAGCCAACACGUACUUUGUCUUCAGUGACUGAACAUGUGGAAGAGUUGAGUACUAACCUUUGCAGCAGGCUGUGCUGUGCUUUGCAAGAGCCAGUGCUGGGCCCACGUCGGCGUACUGGAUAUGUCUGGCAAGCCAAUGGUGAGAGUUCUGUCCGAAGGAAGAAAGCAUUAUUUGCAGAGCAAACAAAGACAAGUCUGCUGCGAAUCCUGAGCCACGGAGAGAAAUCAAGGGAAGAAAGCCCAGAGGGAAAAGGAUCUCCUGAAAAAAAGAGCUUUUCUGUCAGCAAGAGUGUGAAGUGCACAACUGUUUUGAAGGGCAGGUUUUCACAACAGGAAGCUCUGGAUACGGAAAUGCAGAAAACUGUGAGAAGAACAUCUAAAAGUUCUCUAGAUAUCUCUUCAGCCCUUUGGUUAAAGACUCACGGCCUUGUUGCUAGGCGGCUCACCAUCAUGGAUGCCUUAGCUCCUACAGCUGUCCCUCAUGGCACUAAAUACAUCCCAGUUCUGGACAAGCAUGUACUUUCGAAAGUAUUUGAUGAGAUACUAUCAUUGGCCCAUCUGAGCAAUGACAAGAAGCAGAUCACACUAAUUAAUCCUCAGGCAGUGAAUCUUGAUGCCUAUAAAGAGAAGUUGGAACAAGCAAUUAAAUUCUUCGAAAGGCGCCUAAAUCUACUUAUCUGGAGAGCACUAUCUCAGGAGGAAAGAGACAAAUUUGAAGAGGAUGGGCCAGUUCAAUACAUGCAGCAUAAGGAAGCUUUGUUGGAGGCUUUAGAGAAUCUGGGAUGGCCAAUUUCCUAUGAAGACGUAAUACUGUUAGAAGAUGAGAUACUGGCAGCGUUAACAUACAUGCAGCAAGCCUCUGAUCUUCAGGAAGCUGUCAAAAAGGAAACUGAGAAGAGCUCAAAAUCACACAUCAGCAAAAGUAAAAAGAGACUUGAAGAAGACACUGUGAAGUCAAAGUGUAAAAAGCAACGAAAGGGCAGAGUAUUUGUGACUCUCAAAAACCAGAAAGUGAUUGCAAGAUCAGACAUUACAGGAUUUUAUUAUCCAGGAACUGUGAUAAAGAAUAUCAGUUCUACCUGUGCGCUUGUUGACUUCAACCAUGGGGAGAGCUGGGUUGUACCUCUGAAGUUCAUUCUGCCUGUGGGAGGUGCCAUGCCAUGUACAUAUCUACAGGUGGGAGACUAUGUAUUUGCCAGAACUGGGACACAGACAGGGAACAAUUAUUGUUAUGUGCCUGCCAUUGUCAUAGCAACACCAGAAAUGGGCAAAAUGGGUGCUAAACUCUACACAGUUCUGAUGUUCAGCAACAGGAAACAGGAACACUGCGUAAGAAGUUGCCUUAUUAAAAUCAGCCAAACCAAAUAUGCCUUCUCCUGUCGGUAUAUAAGAAUGGUGCAGAGGGUGGAUUCUACAGUCCCAGAUAAAGAGACUCCAGAGCCCCGUCUACACUCAUCUUUGGAAAAUGAAGGAGGAGAAGUAGCAGAGAACAGUGCUGUGAAAGGAAACAGGGGAAAACAGAAAAAGAAGAAGAAAGCGGAGGACGAAAAACAUGCCAAGGGAAGAAUGAUGGACUCUGAUCUUUUGCUUGUCUCCAGGAAGGUGGUAAAACACAGAGGAAGAAAUUCACUGGCUAGCAAUGAAGAAGAAUUUGAAGCACCUUCUUUCUCCAUUUCAUCGUCCUGGUGUUCAUCAAGGUGUCAAGCUUUGCUGCCUUCAGUUGCUUCAAGACCCAGCUCACCAGAGCAUGCCUGCUGCUUGUACAGCCCUUCUGCAGAAAGUCUCCUGUGUCCAGUAAAAGCAACACCACCAGAAUUACUGCAGUAGACCUGGAGUAGCAAGGAUUGGCAGUGCAGCCUCAGCACCACAGCAAAGAACAAAGGAAGCUGCAGUAAGAGUGCAUGAUGAAGGAGCUAGUGAAGAAUGGAUGAGUAUGCAGAUAGGAAAGAUCUUUAGCAAGUGCAGCUGUGAAAUUUUAUUGCUUGAAUCAAAAAUAAACUGACUAGUUCAUGCUAAAAUAUUUAUCAUUUUGCAGACUUACUUUGGAGAUAUGAAAGAGAAAAUGUUAGAGAUGCAGCUGUGCUGCUGAAAAGUAUCACUGUUAGAGUCUCUAUCAGAAAAAAAAUAACGUGGAAUUCACUUUGCAAGAUGACAUUUGAAAUGGGACAUGGCAGGGGGGACUUGUUUGUAUGGCACUAAAUAUCCUCACCUCAACUGAAGUAUUACUUGUGGAUGUAGUGGCACUAUCCUAUGGUUUGUCUAGGGCUUUCUGUUCAGAGGGUGAAGACAGAUUCUGAACAUUUUUGGCAUAUCAACCUAGAUAGACAUUAAGGAUUCUCACAAGUUUGACUUUAGAUACCAGUGCAAUAUUCAGGCAGAUGUAUAUAUUCAUGUUUUCAGGUGUACUCUUGAUCAGGAGAGUACUAUCCAGUGUCUGCGCAGAUAAGUGUUUCUCUGGAGAAAAAUUAGCUGUUAGUUUUGGGGAAAAACUGAGCCUUUCAUACCUGUUUCUGUUUCAGUGUGGAGCAAAAAAAGGCAGCCAUACAGAUAUUUUUAUUUAGUAAAGGAGAAUUUGAGAGUUUGUGUAAACCAGAAUGACCUUGCAGCCAGAACACUUUGAUGGGAUAUGUGAGAGAGCGUUGAAAUUUCUCCCUAGCAUGAUUCAGGGAAGACUCAAACCUGAAAAACCCCUUGUAGUUCUGAAAUGGUCUGUCCUGAAAGCUGAAAUUUGAAUAGUUUGUGAUACCUUCUGUUUGGUGGGUAGUAAUGCUCCUUAUCUGCUUCAGGAUGUCCUGGAGUCUCCUCUUGGAGAACGGAGCUGGCACAUACCUGGAGUCCCACAUCAUAGGGAGUUAAUGGAGAUGAAAAAGGAAAAGGAAAAGCCAUACAAAUUUUGGUAGAAAAGAUAUCUUAGUGAACAGAAAAUGAACUCUUCCUCCAAAACUGCUUUCAAUCACAUGAACUUUGAAAUUUAACAACUCACAUUUUUAGCUGAAAAUGUGCCUCGGUCAGACUAAUUCAACAUUGGCUGCUUUGGGGCUUGUGAUCGCUUCACCUGUGUCUGCUCUGUAUAUUUGAGGCUGAACCCAUGCAAUUCCAAUGACAUGAACAAAAUGGAGGGUGAGGGUUAGGACUAGGGUUUUUGCACAUGCAUACUGCUCAAAUAUAUGUGGCAGAUGGAUUGCAUGCCACCCACAGUGAUGAAGACUGGGAUAUCCUUGUAAAAAUGGCUGAAGAAAACCUAACCUUAGAGUCCCGCUGGAUGCAAUAGAAAUUUGUCAAAAAUAUAGAUAUAGAUAUAGAUACUUACCAAGUGCAGGAUCAAAACUGGCAGCACAGGAAGUCUGAAUGCUGAAUUCUCCUCCUGCAUAGUGGGGGUGAUAAAUCACUGUUGUCUUGUUAUAUGUGCCAUGUGCAAAUAUUGAUUUAUCACAGAAAUAUGGAAGGAAAUGGAUGAGUUCCUUUUUCACUGUUAUUAAGGAUCCAUUUCACUGUUCUUUUCUAGGUAACAUAUUAAUUUUCCCUACUGAGGCCCACAAGACCUUUUUCCAGCCUAUGUUUGGUUAAGUGUUUUCUUGCAUUGUUUCAUAUUAAACCUGGGAAUUGUCAGGAUGAUUUAUUCUUUUCAUUUGAACACUCUGGUUGGUCUAUUUGCACAGCCCAACCUCUGUCCUGAGCACCACACUAUGCUGCAGAUGUACAGGAGGUUAUGUUUUUAUAUGCUUGUUUCUUUCCUCCAAUCUGUUUU